AUGCCUAAUGCCUACAACAAGACCGAACAAAUGACUCAUUGCAAUUUAUGCUCGCCUGGUGAAAAACCCCACAAAUGCCAAGUGUGCGGGAAAGCGUUCAGUCAGAGCUCCAACCUGAUCACGCACUCACGCAAGCACACUGGGUUCAAACCAUUCGCGUGUGAGCUGUGCGGGCGUGCCUUUCAGCGCAAGGUGGACCUGCGGAGACACCGGGAGACCCAGCACGCGGACCUCAGGGCCCCGCAGCAUCUGCCACACACAGACGUGCAUGGUAUGCACGCGCAGGAUAUGCAUGCGGUCGAACAUCGAAUAGACCUACGUCCCCCGCACCCCGAGCUGCGCCCCCCGCACCCUGACUUCCGCAGCCACCUGAGCAGCGCCGUGCCGCCGCUGCAGGCAUUGCCCUCCUGAACUUCGACAGCCUUCGCGCCGCCUGACUGGCGUUGAGGCAAUACCACACUUACCUCCUAAGUCUUUGAGUUCAAUUUUGAGUGGGCGCUUCGUGUACCUAGGCUUGCACCAAAGAUUCUUUCGACGUAUCUAUGUGAUUUUAUUGUAAGAGUUUAAUCUGUGUACAAUUUACAAUGCGAUAAUAUAGUUACCUACUUAUUAUAGUAGUUUAGUAGAUAUUUGAAUCCGAGGAUUUUAUUUUGUCAUUUGUAAAAAAA